AUGUCACCUACACUGAUUACUACUACCCCUGACCAAUUCAAAUUGGUCCAUUUGACUGACCAGGAAAUUAUAGAUUUUACCAGAUAUCAAAACAGUCUUGCCUGGAAAGGUGCAUUAUCAGAAAAAGAUUACGUAUUGAGAGAAUAUGUUUUGAGUAAAUCGAAAAUUGCAUCUUCGGGUAAUAACAAGAUAUAUGUAUUUAUGUUGAAAUCAACUUUUGACGAUGAACCACUUUGUUCAAUUGAAUUACUUGUGCGUGAUAGUUUGAAAUUUGAAUACAAUGAAGGCGAAGUUAAAGAGUCAAAUAUUCUUAGUGGUUGUGUCGGUGGUGUUUUCACUUAUCCUCAACAACGUGGGAAAGGAUAUGCUAGAAUCAUGGUUGAUAAAUUGGUUGAAUUGGCUAAAAGGGAGAUUGUUGGUCUCGAAGGGUUUAUUUUCUUGUAUUCUGAAGUAGGUGAGUAUUAUGCUAAGAAUGGAUUCAAGUCUUUCCCCAUUGAUUUGAUCAAUAUCCUGCUCAAAGGAAAAGUUACAGAGGUUGAGCCACCACAAGUGGAUUAUGAGUUGAUUGAAUACCAUCAGUUUCAUGAGUUGAUGGAUGUGUAUAGAGCCCACUUUGAGCAGGAUAUGAUUAACCAAGUGAAGCAAGAUCAUAAAACUCGAGUAUCUAUUAAACCUACAUCGGAUUUAAUUGAUUGGUUUCAUUUGAGAGCGAAAUUUAUCACAUAUAAAUUGUUUCAUGAACCAAGGGGGCACAUAAUUGAUUUCCAUAAGGAGUACGAAACUAUAAAGAACAGUUUUACUCAAGAGCCAAAGAUAUUUGGUUUAAAGAUUAAACUGGGGGGAAAAGUGGCUGGUUUCAUUAUUUGGACAAUAGAUUGGUCCGAAAAUGGACAAGAAAAUUACGCCACGAUUUUGAAAAUAGUUUCAUUUGAUAAACAAGACCAAACAGUGAUUGAUUUAAUCAAUCUAGCAAUUUUUCAAUUUAUCCAUUCUCCAAUACUUGGGAAACCAACUACAAAUGUUAAAAUUUGGGAAUCAGAAAUUAGUAAAACUGUGAAGCAAUAUCUUGUUGAUUUAUGGAACGCUGAAACUGGUAUUGAUAAUUCUUCGCGGUCUGCUAUUUUGAUCAAUGAUCCAGUAGAGGAUGAACAGUUGAAGAAAGGUGACUUAAUAUGGGAGGAGAAUACCAAGUUGCCAUGGUUUUAG